CUCUCCCCAAAACGAAACCAAAAUGACCGGAAUACACCUCCACCGCCACUCCUCCCACCACCACCUGAAAAACCUCCCCAUCGAAACCAAAGCAUGUACAAGUGCAAGAAUCAAACACCUCUCCUUCGCUUUAAACCUCUCCAAAACCACAACCCCAAUCACAACCGUCCAUCAACCUCCAACUUCCCCACUAGUAGUGGUGGGGUCCGCCAAUGCUGACAUCUACGUGGAGAUAGAUAGGCUCCCCAAAGAAGGUGAGACAAUCUCUGCCAAGACUGGCCAGACCCUUGCCGGAGGCAAAGGCGCCAACCAGGCUGCAUGUGGAGGAAAGCUCUCCUACCCCACCUACUUCAUUGGCCAAGUGGGCAAAGACGCCCACGGGAGGCUGAUCACCGACGCCCUCCAGGGCGGUGGGGUCCACCUGACUCGGCUCAAGACCUUGCCUGAUGCACCCACUGGCCAUGCUGUAGUCAUGCUCCAGUCCGAUGGGCAGAACUCCAUUAUUAUUGUGGGUGGUGCUAACAUGAGCUGCUGGCCUGAUGAGCUCUCUGUCGAGGACUUGGAGGUUGUGCAGAAGGCUGGGAUCGUGCUGCUGCAGAGGGAGAUUCCUGAUUGGGUGAAUACCCAAGUUGCAAAGGCUGCAAGAAGUGCUGGUGUUCCAGUCAUUUUGGAUGCUGGAGGAAUGGAGGGACAGAUCCCUGGAGAACUCCUAAGUUUUGUGGAUAUACUGAGCCCAAAUGAAACUGAGCUGGCACGUUUGACUGGAAGGCUGACAGAAACUUUUGAACAGAUCAGUGAAGCUGUGGUAAAAUGUCAUGAAAUGGGUGUCAAACAAGUCCUGGUAAAGCUUGGGGCAAAAGGGUCAGCUCUAUUUGUAGAAGGGGAGGAUCCAAUACAACAACCUAUCAUUUCAGCUUCCAAAGUUCUGGAUACAACUGGAGCUGGUGAUACCUUUACUGCUGCUUUUGCUGUGGCUCUUUUGGAUGGCAAGUCCAAAAGGGAAUCCUUGCAGUUUGCUGCUGCCGCAGCUUCUCUGUGCGUUCAAGUGAAGGGGGCCAUUCCAAGCAUGCCUGACAGGAAAGCAGUUUUGGAGCUUCUUCAAUCUCUUUGAGGGGAUUCUCUUUCUUUGGUUGAGAGACGGUGUAACUCUUAGGAAUGGAUAUGCAAAUUGAGAAUUGCAUCAUUGGAGGAAGACUGGCAAGCCUGAGAAUAACUACUGCAUCAAAACUGCAGAUGGGUAUUGAUUGCAGUGGCCAAGUCUGAGAACAAAGCACACAGUCAGGCUCUUUUGUUAUUUAUCAGUUUUUGGUUUCUUUAGAAAUAUGACAAACGUUUUGUGGAUAUGUAAGUGUUUUUCAAAUUACAACACUUGUAAUUUGUACCUGUAGUUUCUGCAGUAGGUUUUGUUUGUUUGUUUGUU